ACAACCAUCACUUCACAAUUUCUUCUUCUUCUUCCCCGCUAAACCCCAUAUCAACACAACCAUGUUGCAUAACCUUUUCUACCCUUUUGACUCCAUUGUUGUAACACCAACAAAACCCAUAAAGAUGUUACCUUUACCUUGUUCCACAACCACUUCAUCGUUCUCUGCUUUCCCAUGUACCCUUAACAUCAUCAACAAAUUCAACUACAAUAAACUGAUAACCAUGGCAGUCCCACCUUCUUCUUCUUCUUCUUCUUCUUCUUCUUCUUCUUCUUCCAUUCACUAUGAUAGCCUCAGGGUGCUUGAAUGGGACAAGCUUUCUGACUUGGUUGCUUCCUUUGCUACAACUUCAUUGGGUCGUGAAGCUCUCAAGGCCCAGUUAUGGUCCCUGAAUAGAACUUACGAGGAAAGUCUCAGGCUUCUCGGUGAAACCAAUGCAGCAGUUGAGAUGAACAAGCAUGGAAGCUGUAGAUUGCGAUUUGGACAUGUUGAUGUUAUGCUGGUGAAAGCUGCUAUUCGGCAAGGCAGGAGAAGUAUGCCGGUUAAUGGAUUUGAGGCAAGGGCUGUCAUGGCUCUUUUGCAAUGUGCUGAGACGUUGCAGGGUGAUCUAAAAGUGGCCAUAAAGGAAGACAAGGACUGGUAUAGUCGUUUCAUGCCUCUUACAGAAGUGAUCAUGGAAUUUGUCGUUAAUCGAUCUUUAGUUAAAAUGAUAGAACAAGUUAUUGAUGAAGAUGGCUCUGUUAAGGACUCUGCGAGUCCAGCCCUUAAACAAUCACGGCAGCAAGUCAGAGUACUAGAGGGAAAGAUACAACAGUUAAUGGAGAAUUUAAUCAGGAACGAAAGGAGUGAAUCAUCAAUUCUUGAAGUGAACAAAGUUGAUGGAAGGUGGUGCAUAAAAGUGAAUUCUGGACAGAAGACAAGUUUUAAUGGUCUAUUGUUGUCCAGUGGUUCAGGAGUAGGGAGUACUAUAGAGCCACUUUCCGCUGUUCCCUUAAAUGAUGAGUUGCAGAGAACAAGAACUUUGGUGGCUAAGGCUGAGUCAGAUGUGCUUUUGGCAUUAACCAAAAAGAUGCAUCCGGACCUUGAUGAUAUUGAAAAGAUAUUGAAGAGUUUGGUUCAUCUGGAUGUGAUUAAUGCUCGAGCGACUUAUGGUCUUUCAUUUGGAGGGUCAAGUCCUAAUAUGUUUCUUCCGGAUUUCAAUAGCUCUUCUAAAUCUGAAGGCAAUAACAAGGAAUGGACAUUGUAUUUGCCUAAAGCAUAUCAUCCUUUAUUACUUCAAAGGCAUAAGGAAAAUUUGCAGAAGGCCAAAAAGGAUGUAAACGUUUCUUCUUCAGUUGCCGCAGUGGAGAAUGCCUCACCAGUACCAGUUGAUUUUUUGGUAUCUCAUAAAACUCGUGUUAUAGUUAUAACUGGUCCGAAUACUGGUGGUAAAACCAUAUGUCUGAAGACUGUAGGAUUGGCUGCUAUGAUGGCAAAAUCAGGUCUUUAUGUUCUUGCUUCUGAAUCUGCACAAAUUCCUUGGUUUGAUUUGGUUUUUGCCGACAUUGGUGAUGAGCAGUCCUUAUCACAGUCUUUGUCUACCUUCUCUGGCCACCUAAGACAAAUAAGUAAUAUUAGAUUGCAGUCAACAAACCAAUCUUUGGUGCUACUAGACGAGGUUGGUGCAGGAACAAACCCCCUUGAAGGAGCAGCAUUAGGCAUGUCAUUAUUGGAAUCUUUUGCUCAAGAUGGUUCUUUGCUGACCAUAGCUACAACUCAUCAUGGUGAACUGAAAACUCUGAAAUACAGUAAUGAAGCAUUCGAAAAUGCAUGUAUGGAGUUUGAUGAGGUGAAUUUGAAGCCAACUUACAAGGUUCUCUGGGGUGUACCAGGGCGCUCAAAUGCAAUAAAUAUAGCUGAGAGAUUGGGACUACCUUCUGUUGUUGUGGAUACCGCUCGUAAGUUAUAUGGUUCUGCCAGUGCAGAGAUUGAUGAGGUAAUAACUGAUAUGGAAAAGUUGAAACAAGAUUAUCAAGAGCUAUUGGACGGUUCACGUCAUCAUCUGAUGCGCUCCAGAGAACUUUACAAUAGUCUGUUGGACACGAAAAGGAAGAUAACGGAACAUGGUAUUAAUCUAAGAUACAAAAAGAUGAGAGAUGUAUCUGAGGCUGCAGCAUCGGCGAGAUCCAUCCUCCACAAGAAAGUAAGGCAGCUGAGUGCAUCAGCUAACCUACAGCCGCCCAAUAAAGCCGGCAAGAGCUCUCAGUUGUCGGCAACUAGCAGCAGCCCUAUUACCAUAGAUAAAAAGGAACCUACCAUCACUGAUAGAAAAGCUCCUGCAAAUAUUAACCAAUCAUCAUCAGAUAGGUCAAAGCUUCCCAAGGUUGGUGAUAUGGUACAUGUCUCUUCGCUUGGUAAAAAAGUGUCUGUUUUAAAAGUCGAUUCAUCCAAAGGAGAGGUGGUGGUUCAAGCUGGAAACAUGAAGUUGAAGUUAAAUGUAACAGACAUUCAAAGAUCCUAGAUGUUUGGCAAUUACAUGAUCCGAGAUAAAAACUGUAAAACUCCAAGAAAGUUAUUUAUAUGCUUUGGUAUCUGAUGAAACGGAGGUGAGUGACUUUCAGAAACUUCAGUUCCUUGAUUUAGAUGCAUGCAUCAGGAAUUCCGGUUUUAAAAUACUGUAAGCAGCGCCAAAAGUUGGUGUGUUAAUUGUGCAAGAAUGAACUGAAGCUGCAAGAAUAGUAAACAAAGUAUUAUUUUUU